AUUUUUUUAGAAGAUAUAUGUAGAUUUAAUAUCGGAAGGAUUAAAAUUAUCCUUCUGAGUUAUUUUAAUUCAGAAAUUGAACUAGAAGUUGAUGAUCUGCUACAUAAAACUGAAUUUUUCUCUGAUUUUGAAAAACUAUUUUUAUAGUUCCGAUAUUUAAUUUGAUUAAAUAGGGCAUAGCUUUUCAUGUGAUAAUCAAAAUAAACGGAAUUUCUUUGGAAUCAUUUUACCUGAAAACAAGCCAAAACAAUGUUUGGAUUCAGUACGUGUCUCUUGCUGCUUUCUUUUUGUGUUUUAAUUUCUGCUCAACUUUGUCCGCCUCAAGAAGAUAUUCGACCAUGCAUGUGUCUUAAUAGAGAAGGCUUAAAUCAUAUCCACUGUGACGGCAUAUCAUCUCUGAGCGAACUACAGAAGUCCAUAAAGAGACUUCAGGGUACAAAAGCAUUUACUUUCACCAUUUCUGAUUCGGAUUUCGAAUAUUUACCUUACGACAUCUUCAAAAACAUGAGCAUUCACCAUCUGAGCCUUUCCAAAUCGAAAUUGAAUAGGAUUGGCAAUCUUGGGGACCCCCAGUUCGAAGGCUUGGAGACAUCCCUAGAGUCUCUGACCAUAACAGAAUCGUUCACUCGUAAGCACCCUUUCGCCUAUGUCUUCAUGGACCAUCUCAAAAGUCUAAAAACGCUUGAGGUUCGGAGGAACCAUGUGGAAGUUCUGCACAACGAGUGGUUCAAGAAAGGAUUGCCUGACUUACGAGUCAUACGUUUUGUGCAGUGUGUUAUUCGAGCAGUUGGAUGGAGAGCGUUGCAAAGUUUGAGAAAUUUGAAAGUUAUUGAUUUAUCAGAUAACGCGAUCAACUAUAUUCCAAGAACAGCGUUUCCAGAACCAGCACCGUCUCUUGAAGAGAUAAAUUUAGAGCGAAAUGUUUUGUCGAGCCUCCCAGAAGAUUUCUUCAGCAACAUGCCGAAUCUCAGGAUCGUGAAUCUGGAGUUGAAUGAAUUCUCUACCAUAGAUCAGGCAAUAUUUGGUAAUGUUUGGAGCCAUCUGCAAAUUUUAAACAUCGAUUUUAAUCCAAUUGUGUGUGAUUCCAAAAUCAAGUGGAUAUACGAGGGGAAGGACAAUUUAGAACAGAAGCUCGUAGGUCUUUGUUUCAAGCCCUUUACUUUAUUCGAGAGAGAAAUACACUCCUUAAAAAUAGAGGAACUGAAAUGAUUGUUUAAUUAAAUUCUUUUUUUGCAGCUAUUUUCUUUAAAUUAUGCUUGCUAUAGAUAAUAACAAUUUGUGUUAACGUUAUAUGUUGUUUGAAAUUGCGAUAAAAUAAAGUCAUUUUAGCUCGA